AUGACAUCAGCCCGUCGCGUGCUCAUUGUCGACACAGAUGCGGGCUUUGAUGAUCUCGUGGCGAUCCAAUGCUUACUCCGCAAUCGUCGACGACAUGAUCAAGAUGUCUUGCUCACCACCGUAGGGGGUGUCAUUUUUGCGGCAAGGGGAGCGGCCACCCUGAAGCGAAUUUUUCCGCAACAGCAGGCGAUUGUGGCGGGUAGAAAUGCACCGGUCAUGCCCUAUGAUCCCAUCCCGGAAUGGCUGGAUUCCUACCGAUCGUCCAAGUUGGAUGCCUUUGUACAGGAAUGGAAUGGACCAGCAGCCGACGAUACUGAUUUUGGUACAAAGGAGGAUGCAGAGAAUGACAAGGAACAUGACUCCAAGGAUGCAGCUCUGAGAGCUGUCAUGGACCGAAUAGACAAGUUCGACGAAAACAGCGUCGACAUUCUCUGCAUUGGUCCAUUGACGAAUCUGGCAAACUGGCUUGACCAUGACAACAAUCGUUGCUUUACAUCCAAGAUUCAUCAGGUCUAUAUUUUAGGAGGAAACCAUCCCAACGUGGCUCAUACGAUCCAAUCUCCCGAAUUCAACUUUGGACUGGAUCCCCAUGCUGCGAAGCAAGUCUUGGAGUCCCCGCUACUAGCAAACAAGAUACGGCUAAUGACUAGCUCUGUCUGCAACAUGGAAACCAUCCAAUCUGCAAUGGGUGAACAAAGCGUCAAGGACUUUAUUGUUGACAUGGCACAGCGCAACAAUAAGUGUUUUCUUCGCACUGUGUUACGAUUUGACAGCUGGGCCUAUUCGAUUUCCUGCGACCCCGUGUGUGCAUUUUGCAUUGAUAACCCGGACGCGGUCACUUGGGAGCCACAUCAAUACGUCCGCGUCCAAAUAUUGGAUCAGCAACCCUCGGUUUUGCUAGUAAAAGCUGAGGGCGAGGAUAUCGAGGAUGACAACGAUAACGACUGCAGAGGCAUUCAAAUAGCCGUCAGUGUCGACUUUAAAAAGUACCUUGAAUGGGUGAGGGAGAAUGUCAACAAUUGA